AUGUUUUCUCACCUUCGAAUCCACCGGCGCGGCCAGUCGAAUCCCACCUCGCCAAACCCCGACCAGUCCUCUCCCUGGGAUCCCUCGCUUCCCCAGCACCAGCAGCACUCUCCCUUCCUUCAAGAUGCCGCCUUAAGCCCAGGCAUGCGACCCCAGCCCUCGACCUCGCCGAAUUCCUCUCUUCCUCCCACCCUGCCGCCAAUCACCCGCGUCACCUCCUCCGGCUCCGAAUUCACACUCGAUCGACCGACUCCCGAUGCUACAGUGGCGCAAGAGCCCGCCGCCCAGAGACCUCACCCGCCGCCGCCUGCUCCUCCCUCCGCCCGCUCUACCUACAACCCCGAUUCCGGCUUCCUCGGUGGCGUCGCCCUGCGCAAGUACGAGCGCGAGCAGCAGCUCAAGCAGCAGCAGCAACAAAUGGCGGCCAGAUCGCCCGACUCGGCUGGCCUCUCCCCUGUCGCCCGUGCCAGCCAUGACAUCCCGUUCACAAAGUCGAAACCCGCCCCGCCGCCAAUAGUUACCAGCCCUCCGGCCGCGAGACCCCCGCCACAGCCCACGAAGUCGUCGAAGCACUCCAGCUCCUUCACGACUCCAACCGAGCUCCAACACCACGGCCUGCCCCAGAGCUCGCCACAGCUUCCGGAUAAGGCUGCCACCGGCCGCCGUCCUGCCGGAACGAGACUGUCCAGCGAACCCGUCCGCCUGGCGAACCACAACUCCGACGCCCCCAAGGGCAGGAAAGGCCUGCCUUUCCUGAAAAACCCCAUGUCGACGCUAUUGGCGAGGAGGAGGACGAGCCAGAACGCUCCCGACCUGACGCCUCUGCCGCUCCGAGGAAACAGGCUGGCCGAACCGACCUACGAUCCCCGCAUCCGGGGCACGCGCGUUCACGACUUCAGUGCUCCCCGCCCGAGGCGCAGCCUCCCGAACAACGAAGGCCCAAGUCCCGCCCCGGCUUCGACGUCUCUGUCCUCCGCGUCCAAGUCGCAGCCGCCGACGUCCGAAGAGAAGCUGGACCUGGACCUGGGCUUGACGUCGUCGAGGGAGAGCAGUGCGCUCUCACAAGCGCAGGUGUCCCAUCAGGGGAGGAACGCGAGCAGUGCUUCUGAAUCUGGCCGAUCAGGUUCUGCCAGCAUCAUCUCACAGCCAAUGCCCGAAUCUGGCAGCGGUUCGGUCAAGGCAAGAAACAGUAUAAACCUGGAAUCGAAGCCGCUCCCUGAUGUUCCGUUCAAAAACGAUAGUACUCCAUCCUCCAGCUCCGCCUCCGUCAUCUCGAAGAGGGCGUCCGUCGGGGCCGUCUCGUUUAUGUCGAAAAGGGCGCCCUCCACAAAAGCACCCCCCUCCAGGCACGUCUCCAUGUCCGGCCAGGAUAUCCUGUCUUCGGUGCCCCGUCACAUGAAGAGCACGUCCUCGAGGUUCAGCUUCGACAUGGCGGGUGCCGCAAAGCAGGAGAAGCUCCUCGAGGAGCGCCAUCGUCAGCGCGAGCUGGAGAGGAAGACAUCCGAUCCCGAGCCGAGCCAGAACCGCGAUUCCAGAUUCGACGACUUCGACGAGGACUUUGACUACGACGCAAUGAUGGAGGAUGACGGGUUCGAGGAGCCAAUCCCGAUGAGCAACGAUUUUGAGGACGACUACGGCUAUGAGGAGGACUUUGAUGCCGGAGGCACAGACCCUCUUGGAGGAGAUGCCGAGGAAGGCUUCAAUGCGGCCGGGACAGCACUGGACACGGUGCCCGAGGUCGAGGUCGAGGCUGCCGAGGAUGCCGAAGACGACCCCGACAACGACCAGGAGAACUUUGCUGGCUUCGUCUUCCAGCGGUCGAACCCUCCAUCGGCGUUGGCUAGCCCUCAUAGCGCCGGUCUGGUUUCGACGCCGAGGGAUGCCGACGGCAGGGUGAUUGGGUUCGCCUACUCGGGAUCGCCCAACCUCGAUCAAUUCUCGAGGCCCGUCUGGACGCCAGGUCUGUCUCCGCACCACGAUCCGUCGCAGGCGACUACGGGACCGAUUGCUGGACUUGCCAUUGAGGGCCUGGAUAUUGCCAGCCCAGAACUGCAGGACGAACCGGUGUACGAGCAGACUCAGCAGCUGGCGCCUCCUCCCCCCGCACCUCCGAGCAAGGAUGACCUCUACUUUGAUAACGGUCUUCUGGAUGAACUAGAGUUCGCCGGAGAGGGCGACGGCUCCCACUUUGACGAAUCCAUCUUCGACCUGGAUGACACAGAUCAAUACGGACGGCCCAUCCCCGGCGCGUUUGCCGCUGCCCAAGCUGCUCGCGCUGCUGCUGCCGCCACCACCGCCGCUCCCGAAAACAGCACCCAAAACAACAACGCUCAAAAUGGCGACGCCCCGGAGAGCAGCAAGAGGAUAUCCGACAGCACGUCGCGGCUUUCUGCCCAGUCAAACACGUCGCAGUCAACAGGCCACACGUCUCUGAGCGUCAGCAUGCCAGCCCCUUCUGUCGAAGACUCAAAGCGGGCCAGCGAGGUCCUGGCCCAGGGCCAGGAAUCCUCCGCCAUGACGUCGAGUUUCUCGACGACCGGGCCGGACAAGGUCGAGGCGUACCAGACAGCGCUGGCUGCCGCAGCGUUUGAGGCAGCCGCCAACGGUCGGUUUCGACGAGACUCCUCACCGCCUCCGAGCGAGAUCAUGUCGCCUGGCGGCGAGUCCUCGCACAGCGUACCGCACGGGGAAGACAACUACGGCGGCAACUAUGACGAUAACUACGACGACUAUGACGACGGCGGGUUUCGCGAAGACCUCAACGACUACGACGUGGACUACGACGACUUCAUUGCCGAGGCGAACGCUAGUGCCCUUGCCAACGACUCGGACGGUUGGUACGGUCAGGAGUUCGGGUUCUACUCCGCCCCCAUCGAAGGCGGCCGCCACAGCAGAGACAGCUCGAACGGCUCGGACGAGAAGCCGUUCGAGUACGCCAACGGCGGCUUCUUCGGGCCGUCGGGCGUGUCUCGCAGCAAGUCCGGCAGGAUCGUGUCGCGCGAGCCCAACCUCACACCCAUCACGGAACGGUCCGAGUACUCCAACCGUAACUCGAUCAUGAGCCUCGGCGUGCCUCCUAUCGGGUCCGGUCCCUCGAGCCUCCAGAGCCCGGGCCUGGCGCAGCUCGCCAUGAUGGCCGACGGCGACGAGAACAUGAGCAUAUCGGCGCUCAUGAGACUGCGCUCGCGGGCGUGGGGCGGGUCGCAGGCCAGCCUGGUCUCGUCCCGCGAGGGCUCGCCCCGGUCCGAGAGAGGCGAAGGGGGGAGCUCGCCAUGGGGCCCCGGGCCCCACAGUAGCAGCAGCAACAACAUCCUCGGAAUCCACGGCCACGCCCGCAAGAACUCGUCAUUCUCCGUCCGCAGCCGCGACAUGGACUCGUCGGACGCCGGCAGCACCGCGGGCUCCCCCACCAUGACCAUGUCCAUGCCCACGACCGUCGGGUCUCCGCCCCCUCCGCUGCCGUCGCUCACCCAGAGCCCCGCGGUGACCAUCGCCUCGCCCCAUUUCACGCACAGCGCCGCCGGGUUCGACCCGGUGCCCGAGACGGACGAGAUGGACGAGAUGUCCAUCUCCAACAGCAUAUCCCACUCGGGCCUGUGGAUGAAGAGCCCCGACACCGACGUGCACCCGAACCUGGUGCCCCGGACCGAUCCCACGACGCCGCAGCAGCAGGAGCAGCAACAACAGCACCAGCAGCGGCAACCCGGCAUGGGUCACAAGCACAAGGGGUCCGCGGACAGCAUCUCGUACGUCAAGGAGGAGGAGGAGGGCGGCGAGACGCGGUGGGUGCUCGAGAGGCGCUUCACCGCCGACAGCGGGGAGAUUGAGGUGCAGCGGGAGGUCGUUGGAAAGGGCCACAUCUAG